AUGGUGGAAGCUGUGGCGGCCGCCUUCGCACAGGAGCCAGGGCUGAAGGAGGUGGGGCUUGGCUUCCUUUGCAACCACUCGGGCAAGCUCUUCACAAAGAAGCCGAGCUUGAAAGAUGUGCGGUGCAAUCAGAAUGCAAUCUUCGCAGUGGUCAAGGCUACGAAUGGGGCGAGCCGAUUGAGUUGGCCGCACCCGGCGGAUUUGCAAGAGGGCCAAGACUUCCAAGGACCGCAAGUGUGCAAGGACAAGGGUGACAAAGAUCAUGACGAUGAAGACUCGAAUGAUGGUGUGCCUGCUGCACCUGCACCGGGGAUUCGGAUGCUUUCCUUUGAAACCUUGUCUUUGGCUUCGGGAUCCAGUAGCGGCUCCUCCACGUCGGGUACGUUGUCGAGCGGCGGCCUGUCGGUCCGUGAUUCUGAGGUGAGUCGUUUGGCUUCGCAGCUUCAGGGUCUUCGUUUGCUGAGCAAGGGCUCUCCGGGUCCGAGUGUCGGGUCCACUGUCACGACUACGGCAAGCUUGUUUGACUUUGCUGGGAAAGCCGAUUCGGAGCCUGCUCAGCCUGCUCAUAUCCCCUCCGGCAACAAGCCCGAAAAGAUCCUGCCUUCCCGGGUUUUCGCUGACCUCGCCACGUGGCUGCCUGAACCUUCGAAAGGGUUCCCCUUGUCCAGCCAGUACGCAGGGGCCUUCGAUGCUGAGGAUGUGGAUGGCAUUCACGAGCCGCCUGAGGAUCAUGAACCCAAGCCCAAAAAAGCGGGGAACAAGAAAGCUACGAAGCCGAAGAGCAAGGCAGGUUCCAAAAAAGCGGGGCCCAAGAGCAAGGCAGGUUCCAAAGAAACGGGGCCCGAGAGCAAGGCAGGUUCCCAAGAAACGGAGCCCGAGACGGAGGAGCUGGACCCGGACUUAUACGAUCAGUACGUGCCCAACCUCUAUGGUGAGAAGCGACUAACGUACAUCGCUACACACGCUCCACAGCAUGGCAACAAGGAGGCAGCUAAUAUGUGGAACUCGUCGCUUCAGAAGGCUAGGAUGCUGGCUGGUGUGAGCUUACGGGAGCUUAAGAAAAGGAAGUUCGUUCCCAAAGAAGCCACUGAAAACCCUUUUGUCAAGAUCGUCAAGCAGGCGAAGCUUGCUGCAGUGGGCGGGACAUGA